GCGGACGCGCACGAUCUCUUUCCCUGCCGCCGCCGAGUCGCGCGGAGGCGGAGGCGAGGGUGCAGUCAAGAUUCGGCUACACUCGUAAUCCACCGCCAUGGCCGAGGAAGGCAUUGCUGCUGGAGGUGUAAUGGACGUUAAUACUGCUUUACAAGAGGUGCUGAAGACCGCCCUCAUCCACGAUGGCCUAGCACGUGGAAUUCGCGAAGCUGCCAAAGCCUUAGACAAGCGCCAAGCCCAUCUGUGUGUGCUUGCAUCCAACUGUGAUGAACCCAUGUAUGUCAAGCUGGUGGAGGCCCUUUGUGCUGAACACCAAAUCAACCUAAUCAAGGUUGAUGACAACAAGAAACUAGGGGAGUGGGUAGGCCUCUGUAAAAUUGACAGAGAGGGAAAACCCCGUAAAGUGGUUGGUUGCAGUUGUGUGGUGGUGAAGGACUAUGGCAAAGAGUCUCAGGCGAAGGAUGUCAUCGAGGAAUACUUCAAAUGCAAGAAAUGAACAAAUAAACUUAGUUUUUGAUCCACA